GUCUGUUCAUCGCUUCUGUCCAUUUUACCUUGUUCAUCAUGGGCUUAUUCCAUCACGAUCACAAGAGUGUCUCCAAAGCUGAGGAGGCGAGUAAAGAUGCGGUGAUACCCGCCGAACCUGCCGGUCCACCUUCUUACCCAGCUGCCUCUGCUUCAUCCUCUGGAUCUGGCGUCAUUCCAGACAUUCAACCAGGCUACGGGCAACUUCAUCAAGGUCCAUUCUUCCCAUGUGUAUUGCUAUCUUCCUCGGACAAAUUGAGAAUCUUGUCGUUCCCCAACGAGGGGAUAUCGUGCGAGCAGUCGAUACAGCCAUAGCGAGGACUUGGACACAGGGCGUGCAGAAGAAAGGGGUGUAUGAAGGUGAAGGAUGGGAGUGGAAGUUAUCAGGGAGGCCAUGGUACGGUCGUGGUGAUGAAGGGACUCACAGUCGACGACUGGUCGCUGGAAUACUGUACGAGCUAUGCGUCAGAGGCUGGCAUUUGCUAGUCUCUGCAGGCCUCACCAAGAAGGAAUGGGACAAAGAUACUCUCAUGUUCAAAGCUGGACCCCCUGUCCAACGGUACAUCUUCCCUCUAUCUUUUCAUGAAAGUGACAAGAUCCGAAUCAUUGACAGUCCAAAUCUACAAGUGACACAAGCGAUCGUCCAGGCUAUCCAGAAUUCCUGGGUACUCGGUAUACAACAACAGAAACAACGAUGUACCCAUUCUUAUCAGAUCAAAUUGAGGGGCCAACCAUGGUACACUUCGGAUGGCCUCAUGAUCAAUCAAGCUAGAAAAUUGAUGAUGGGGAUCCUCAAGGCUUUGGACGCCCAUGGUUUCGAGCUCUUGGCCAGUGUCGAUAUGAACAUUGGCCCGGGCGGUGACAGCCACAUUACAGACAUCGAUACCUGGUUCUUUGCCAACAAGCUGUAAAGUUCAGCGUAGGGAGAGUUGGCACGAACUGUGCGAAUAGAUUGAGGCACUCUUAUGGAUGUGAUACCUGAUGCA